AGAUAAAUUCAUAAUAUCCUUUUGUUUUCCCGCUUCUGCUUGAAUCUCAUCUUCUUCUUCUUCAGAGAGUAACUCACUCUCUCACUCUCUAACUCGUUCUCUAGCUCACUCUAUAACUCGUUCUACUCGCACUCAAUUUGAAAAACGAGUUAAACUAUACAUUCAAAUAAAGAAAACUCUACGGCUAUGUUAAUUCUGUGGCUAUGAUGGGUACGCCGGAGAAGACUCAGAUCACCACUCCUCUUUCUAAAUUUGAGGAUUCCCCUGUCUUCAACUAUAUCAAUAGCCUGUCUCCUAUCAGGCCUGUGAAGUCCACACACGUUACUCAAACAUUCCAGUCUCUAAGCUUUUCGACUCUUCCGUCCAUUUUCACUUCUCCGCACGUUAGCUCGCACAAGGAAUCGAGGUUUCUUCGAAGGCAUAACGGCUCAGAUCCAUCAAAAGCCGAGUUUUCCUCUGAAAACGGGAAGAAUUCUGCCACUGAAGAGUGUGAGCCCUUGGAUGUAACCCAGCUCCAUGAUAACUCUUCUGAGCUACAUGGAAAUUUUGAUGCAAGGGUGACCAUUGGAGAAGGUUCUGCUGAACCUUCUAAUGAACAUGCUAAGUUUGCAAUUGAGUUGCCAACGAGGCUAAAAUAUAAUUGUGGCAGCCCUGAAAAUGACACAAUGCCUCAUUGUGGUCCUCAGAUGGAUUGUUUGUCAAAGUUAACAGGCAUGUCUAUAUCACAAAAUUGUUCGUCUGAAGCGGAAGCAUGUCUGCAGGGGAUGUAUCGGGCUGAGCAGAAAAAGGAAGUCGCGGAGUGCGACUGGGAAAAUAUGAUAACAGAUGCUGCUGACCUGUUAAUUUUUAAUUCACCAGUUGACACAGAGUCUUUCAACGGGCUAUUGCAUAAAUCGGUGGAUCCCCAUGCGAAUUUUCCUGAUGAGGUGCAUGAUAUGCAAAUGGAUGCUGUUGCUUCCUGUGAACAGCACGAGAUGGAACAUCCUUCGACUCAACCUGGAGAAACUAUUGAGGCAAAGGAAAUGAACCAGACAUGGGACAAUCUUGCUGCAAAUAACAAUCCAAAUGAGGAAGUGGAUACCGAGGUUGAAACUUCCAUGCAACUUCAGGUUGUUUCUAAUUUGCAUCGUGGCAUGCGAAGGCGUUGUCUAGAUUUUGAGAUGGUUGGAGCGCGUAGGAAGAACAUAGUUGAUGGUUCAACUUCAAGUAAUUUCAUGGGGAGGCAAUCUGAGGAAAACUUUUCCUCUGAAGAUAAGCAACUGGUUCCUUUUAAGCCUGACACUGAUUCUUCAAGACGUAUCUUACCUGGAAUAGGAUUACACUUAAAUGCUUUGGCAAUAUCCUCCAAGGAAAGCAAAAAUGUGAAGCUUGAAAAUAUGUCUUGUGGUAUAAGUUUGGUCAGAACUGUUGCUUUCUUUCAUUCCCCGACUAAUGACGAAGAACUAAAUGAACCAUCGACUUUAGCUUCUGAAAGAGACUUGAAUCCAUGUGAAGAUGGUUUGCCGCUUGUGGAUGAUGUUUAUCAGACAUCCUCUCGUUUAGUUGCUGAAGAGUUCAAUCAUAAUAGCCCCAAAAAGAAGAGGCGGAAAGUAGAAGGAGAAAGUGAUGCGUGCAAGCGUUGUAACUGUAAAAAGUCGAAGUGUUUGAAACUUUACUGUGAAUGUUUUGCUGCUGGCAUCUACUGUAUAGAACCUUGUUCAUGUCAAGAUUGCUUCAACAAGCCUAUUCAUGAAGAUACUGUUCUUGCAACUCGCAAACAGAUCGAGUCACGAAAUCCACUUGCAUUUGCUCCAAAAGUGAUUAGAAACACUGAACCAGUAGCUGAAAUUGGGGAUGAAUCCACCAAAACACCUGCCUCAGCACGACAUAAAAGAGGAUGCAACUGCAAGAAAUCUAGUUGCCUAAAGAAAUACUGUGAAUGCUAUCAGGGCGGUGUUGGAUGCUCCAUUAAUUGUAGGUGUGAAGGGUGCAAGAAUGCAUUUGGUAGAAAGGAUGGAUCUGCUCUAACAGAAACGGAAGCUGAACCAGAAGAAGAAAUCGAAGGAGAUGAAAACAACGGAAUUGACAAGGCUAGACAGAACAUUGAAAUCGAGAACAACGAAGAACAAAAUCCAAAUUCUGCUCUUCCCGCCACACCAUUACGGCUUUGCAGACCGCUGCUUCAGCUGCCAUUUUCAUCCAAAAGCAAACCACCAAGAUCUUUUCUUGGUAUUGGAUCAUCAUCCUCUUCAGGAUUGUACACCGGCCAAAUGUAUAGUAAACCAAAUAUUCUGAGACCUCAACAGAAGAACCAAUUGGAAACCGUUCCAGACGACGAGCUACCAGAGAUCCUGAGAGGCAAUUACACUCCAACAACUGGCAUCAAGACUUCUCCGAACAGCAAGAGAGUCUCUCCUCCCCAGAGUACUUUAGGAUCAUCGCCCGGUCUGAGGAGUGGCCGGAAGUUGAUAUUACAAUCCAUACCUUCAUUUCCUUCUCUCACUCCCCAGCAUUAAAUUGCAAUCUUAAGAGAUUAGAUGAAAUUCUUUCAAAUCUUUUGUUGUUUUUUGAGAUGUAGUCCGAGUGUAGUUUUAGUUCUUGCCUGUAUAAUAAUUUGCUGUUAUAAUGUUCAAGUACUUUACUUUAAGUCAAUGUAUAAUAUUGUAAUUUUGUUUUUCUAA